AUGAGCUCCCUGAUAUUGAAUUCGUCAAGUUCUCCUCAAGAACGCGACGGACGGAAGGCGCGCGGGGCAUCAAAUACGCCCGCACCUCCGCUCACGACGGCAGCCCUACUGGCGAGGCACACUAGGAAGACAGACUUUGUCGUCGUACCGAUUCCGAGGAGGCUACGCUACCACCCUGACCGACAUGUUCAUUUCGGCUUCAUCUUGAAUGCCGUGUUCGCUCUGGCUACCACUUUCGUCGGAGCAAACAUGUAUUACUCUCAACCCAUCUUGAUCCAGUUGUCAUUGGCGUUCGGAACAGACUACAAUCGCAUAUCACAGAUACCUACCCUCGCGCUUGCUGGAUAUGGCGCCGGUCUACUGCUUAUUGCGCCGCUCAGUGAUUUGGUUCCUCGCCGGCCUUUGCUGCUCGGCUCAGUAUUCAUUGCUCUUACCCUCACCAUCGGACUUUGCAUCACCAACUCACUCGUCGCCUUCGAGGUGCUUACAUUCUUCGUCGGCAUGUUUAGCAAUCCGCCUCAGAUCCUCAUACCGCUCGUAGCGGACCUAGCUCCGCCUCAUCGACGCGCGUCGGCAUUCGCCAUUAUCUUGAGCGGACUACUCUUCGGCGUACUUCUGGCACGACUGCUUGGAGGUCUUAUCGCCGAGUUUGCCAGUUGGCGGGACAUAUACUAUAUGGCGCUAGGAGUGCAAGCGGUUGUGCUUGUCGUGCUGUGGGGGACGGUGCCAGACUUCCCAUCGAAGAACCCUGAGUUGAACUACGCCCAUAUCAUGGGGAGCAUGGCCAAGCUCGCGGUCACAGAGCCGACGCUCAUACAGGCCUACAUCACCAGUAUAGCCUCGUCGAUCUGCUUCGGCGGGUUCUGGACGAGUUUGACGUAUCUUCUUGGCGAUGCGCCAUACUACUACUCGACACUUGUCAUAGGGCUCUUUGGUGUCGUAGGCAUGGCCGGAGUGGUCGUGUCACCCUUGGUCGGCCGCCUUGUCGACAAAAUGGUACCGUGGUACGGGACACUCUUUGCGACAGUCCUUAUGAUGCUCACAGCAGCUAUCUAUUGGGGCGCUGCGGGAGUGAACGUGGCCGCAGUUGUAAUCGUGACGAUCGGUAUAGACAUUUUCCGGCAGUUGCAACAGGUCAGUCUUGCGACGAGUGUCCUGAGCCUCGACCCACACAUGCGCGCUCGACUGAACAGCGUAUACAUUCUCUCGCAACUUAUAGGACAGGCCAUUGGCGCGUCUGUAUUCACUGCAGUGUAUACCAGGUACGGCUGGCGCGCUGUUGGUGCGCUCAUGUUCACCCUCAGCGCGUUUCAAAUCCCGGUUUUGCUUGUCCGCGGGCCACAUGCACAACGUUCUACUUGGUUCGGCAUGGAGGGCGGGCUUGAGUUCAGAAAGGGUGCUGUGGAGGCCAGAGAUGAAGGAGUACAGGAGACAUCUGAGAAAGACGAGGCCGCAGGUGUCGAGGUGGACAAGGGGCAUGUUGGGUUUGAUGGGACCCAGUCCGGCAUCGGUCCUGCACAUACAGGGGUCCUAUUGUAA